GCCAUGGCGGAGCCCGAGCUCCGCGUGAAUGCGGCGUUCGCGGAGCGCUACGGGCGGUACCGGCGGCGGGAGGAGCUGCAGCGCCUGCGGGACCGUUACGGGGACACCGCGGACAGCGGGACAGCCUCCAGCUCCGAGUCCAGCGGGGACGAUGUGGCCCUGGACCCCCGUGAGGAGCGGGAGUUUUACCGGACGCUGGCGCUGCUCAAGACGCGGGACCCCCGCAUUUACCGGGAGGACACCACGUUCUACACCCGCCACGAGUCCGAGGAUGAGGAUGAGGAGGAUGAGGAUGAGGAGGAAGAGCGGGCGGCCCGGCCCAUGUUCCUGAAGGAUUACGAGAGGAAGGUGGUGCUGGAGCACGAGGGCAAAUACGUGGACGAGGAGGAUGAGGAGGAUGAGGAGGCGGCGGCCAAGCGGAGGAAGGCCGAGGCCUCCCCCAGCUACGCCGAGGAGCAGCGGGCGCUCAAGGAGAGUUUCAGAGCCUUCGUGCGAGAGCGAGGAAGAGGAGGAGGAGGAGGAGGAAGGGGGGGGCGGGGCCCUGCUGCGGCUCGGGUCCGGAGCCGGGAGGAGAAGGCCGAGGAGGAGCUGCAGUACCUGCAAUGGCUGCGGGGCCAGGCCGAGCCCCCCCCGGAGCCCCUGCAGGACCUGGAGCCCCUGCAGAGGUUCUGGUCGGACCCGGGGCUGGAGCCGGGCGAGCGCUUCCUGCGGGAUUACCUGCUGGGCAAGGGCUUCCGGGAGGAGGAGGAGGAGGAGCGGGGAGAGGAAGGCCUGGCCCUGGAGGACUCCUCAGACGAGGGGGAGCAGUUCCUGCAGCGCCAGCAGGACUUCGAGCGCCGCCACAACUUCCGCUUCGAGGAGCCGGGGGCGGCCCAGCUCCAGAGCUUCCCCCGCUCCAUCCCCUCCUCGGUCCGGCGCCGGGACGAGCGGCGCAAGGAGCGGCGGGAGCAGCUCCGCGAGAGGAAGAGGAAGGAGCGGGCCCGGCGCAGGGAGGAGCUGAAGCAGCUCAAGAACCUCAAGCGCGAGGAGCUCAGGGCGCGCCUGGCGCGGAUCAGGACCUCGGGCUCGGGAGCCUUCGGCCUCAGCCUCGCCCUCCUCCAGGAGGAUUUCGAUCCUGCCCGCCACGAUCAGCUCAUGGCCGAAUGCUUUGGGGCCGAUUACUACGGCCGGGGCGAGGAGGAGAAGCCGCAGUUUGAGGAGGAGGAGGGGCUGGAUGAUGAAUGGAACUGGGACGCGUGGACGGGAAAGGAGGAGGAGGAGGAGGAGGAGGAGGAAGAAGCCCCGAGGGAGCCGCACUGCGAGGACCCCGACUUCGUGGUGAGGAGGAGGAGGAAGAGGAGACCCCCCCCAAAAUUAUGGACGCCGAUUUCGCCCCCGGGGCCCCCCCGGGCCGGGCGCCCCCCCCCCGAGGUCGCGCGGGGGCAGCGGCGGCGCCGGACGCGGCUCCGGGAGGCCCUGGAGAGGGAGAAGCCCCCGUUCGACCCCGACGCCCCCAUUCGUUGCAGCCCUGGGCCCCCUUCGAGCAGUAACCUGGACGAGUUCUACGCCCUGGACUUCGAGGACAUGGUCGGGGACCUCCCCUGCCGCUUCAAGUACCGCCGGGUGCUGCCCUGCGACUUCGGCCUCACCACGGACGAGAUCCUGGCGGCCGAUGACAAAGAGCUGAACCGCUGGUGCUCCCUGCGCAAGACCUGCAUGUACCGCUCGGAGCAGGAGGAGCGGCAGGACCAGGCCAAUUACAGCCGGCGGGCGCAGAACCUCAGCAAGAAGCUGCAGAUCCUCAGAUCCCUCGUGGCUGACCUCAUCAUCAUCAUCAUCAUCAUCAUCAUCAUCAUAGCCCCGAGGAGGAGGAAGGUGGCGCCGGCGAAGCCGAAAUUGGGGAAGAAGCGCCGGGAGAAGAGGAAGCGGCAGCAGGAGGAGAAAGGGGAGCCCCCCGCGGCCCCCCCCGCUGCCCCCCAAAACCCCGGGGGUCCCCGGCGGCGGGGGGGGGGCCCCCUGGGCGGGGCCGUGCGCCUGGGGGGCCGCGAGUUCAGCGGGAAGAGGCUGGAAGCCUUCGGCCUCAACCCCCGGCGGCUCCGGUUCCGGCAGCUCCGGAGGCAGCGCGGGAAGGAGCGAGGGGAGGGCCCCGAGAAGCGCGGGAAGAACGCCGGGAAUGAAAACACCUGA